AUGGAAAAUGACGCAAUUGCAAACAUCAUCAACCCAAAUAAUUUCGCGCCAUUACCUAAACCAUUGGUGGCCUUUUAUGUAGCACAGGUUUUGGAAGGUUUGGUUUAUUUAAAUGAACAAGGGAUUAUUCAUCGGGAUAUUAAGGGUGAAAUUUUGACUACUAAGGAGGUGAUUGAAAUGACAUGUAAUCAUUCAGAUAGCUUGUCACCUGGUGUAAUGGAUUUAUUGUGUCGGUGCUUUAACAAGGAUGCUAGGCUCGAGCUGCAAAGUUUGUUAGAUUCAAAGAGAAACCGACCUACUGAAUCAGAAAAGAAGUGCAGCUAAAACUUUGAAACAAGUGAGAUUAAAGAGUAUUUCUAAGAAUUAGAUUGAGAAAAGAAUGUAGAGAAGAUAUUCAUGUUAAUGUGUGUUGUAUUGAUGAAUUAUGAAUUACACAUAUAUACAGA